CUUAUAGCAAAGGAAAAGACGUAUCAGGUUCUUUAUUAUUCUUAUUUUGUUAAGGCAGGGGAAAAGUGGUUGAGGAAGGCGCAAUGGAAUCUGAUAGGGUUAUGAUCGAGAAAAAGGAUCAUGAUCAUGAACUGAAACAUCUACAAUUCGUGACAGUGAUUGCACUCAACGCUUUUCUAUGCGCAUCGAAUCUCUACGACUGCGCAAAACGCAACUCCGGCUCCUUCAAAACCAGAGUCAACAUCGUCGAGAACACAGUGAUCUCCAUCCUUCGUCCCGUUUAUGAUAAAUUCAAAGGCGUACCUUACUCUCUCCUCCUUACGCUUGAUCUCAAGGUAGAUGAAGUAGUUAAGAGAAUUGAAGAGUGUGUUCCACGAUCAGCAAAGCAAGGUUUAAGCAAAGCGCAGUCUAUAGCGGUAAAGACAUCAAAGGAAGCGAAAAUGAUAGCAAAAGAAGUGGAAGCUGGAGGAUUGAGUGCAGCAAUUCAACAUGCAGCUAGUUUAUACAGGCAACUGUUAGUGAUAAUAUUGGUGAGAAGUUGGUAUUGGACUAAUAAGGUAACAUGGUGUCAUGUGAUAGCACAGAUGGUUCUUCCUUGUAUAUCACAAUGGACACAGACCUACAACAAGACUGUAUAUGAUCUAUCUUCUUGUUAUCGCUAUUAUGGUUUCUUCAAGUAUGUUCCUCUUGUCCCCGUUGAUGAGAUCGCAAAGAGUUAUAAGUUGAUCGAGGUUAAGAAAGGCCCUGCUUGUGUCCCCUGCUUUGAGAAUAAGAUAUGGUUAAUGUAGCCACCACCCUUUUCACACAUUAUUACUAUUACUAUUACUAUUGUUAUCUUUGUUUGUUCCAACAACAACUGAAGUCUGAAGUUACUAGAAAAAUUACUAAAUUUGCUGCUGCUGCUGCAUAUAUUGAUUG